CUCUCCUUGGCGGCAGGUCUGCAGGAAGCUCUGCACUUUCUCCGCUGUGCGCGACCACUACCGCUAAGCGCUGAGCGCUAGUCGUGCCCGGUCGCCGGCCCAGCAGCGACGCAGCAACGGUACAGUCGCAGCGGUGCGAGGUUACGGGCAGCUGGGUCGAGGUCGCCAUUCCACACCGCACCGAGAGGCGAGCACUUCUCCAGCCGCGAUGCCACAGAUGAUGGAGAACCCGGCUUUCGAGCGGGAUGGGUCGGUAGCCGGAAGCAGCGGCGUCGCGGCGGUGCGCAGCGUGGAGCUGGGGGCCGUGGAGGCGCCGCCCCCGAGCAACGGCGUCGUCUGCACCGACUUGUGCCGCACGCAGUUGCCGCCGCUGCCGCACAAACAGCCGCCCAGCCCCUGGAACCGCCUCAAGACCGUCUUCCUCGCCACCAUCAUCGCCAUACUCGUCGUCUGGGUCAUCGUCUUCACCACCCUCAGCCAGCUAGGCUACUUCUAGCAGCGGGCCCUCUGUCCCCGGCUUACGUCUGCAUCUGUCGCUCCACAGCUCACGGAACAGUCGGGAUCCUCCUCCACGUCAGGAGGAGAAGCUGCACUUCCUCCAUCGACGCUGGCAUCAGCAAGAUGAACUGGGUGUCAUGUCAGGCUUUCAGCAAUACUGAACAUUCUACAUUCCACAAGCCACAGUAUCAAUCGACAGAGAGUCUAAGCUGCGAUAUUCACCUCGCUAAGCAUCCGUUGACUCCGUCAUACUAAAUCAGGAGAUGAAAUGGGCUUUGAACACUGUUGGAUGUCAUUGGUUCUAGUUAGAGACAUUCCAAUUAAUUUACAGGUAAAACUGUUGGGUCGGACAUUCAGUGCAAAUAUAUUUUGUGCAGCUGGUGCCCAAAACUCGUAAAUAUUUGAAGAAAGUUGUAUUUAAGACCCACCAAGAGCUGCUGAUGAAACAGACUUUCCAUUAUGAUCAAUAAUAUAAAAAAAUGUCUACCUGAGCCUGUAUGAUAUCGACAUUAGGGUGCCGUAAAAAAGAAAAAUCCCGUGUCACUGAAACUGCUGACACUGAUACAUGCUAUGAGUUCUAUAAAUUCAUUUCAUUAUGAAGACAGUUCGUGACACAGGAUUGUUUUUUGUUCUGCUUUUCGACGCCAGAGCCUUAUGUAAAUAACUUUAUGUUACUUGAUGAUAAUCGGCUGAUUGAAAAUGAUAGUAAAUAAAAGUAUAUUUCGUCAACAGCUCACGGUGGUUUUUAAAUGAGGGAAAAAAUAAAGUGCGUGACCAGGGUACUGGCUUGACUGCAGGCAGAGCACCAUUUAUUCGCCGCGGCAUUAGGCCAUCUUAUCGAACAUCAUUUAUUCAUGGGAAAGAUCCAAAAUCUCCACCCCCAAUUCAGUAUCGAACCCAGGACAUCUAGGGCCGGAACGUAGUGAUCUACAAGCUAGACCACCAGGCCACCUCUUAAAUAUGACUUUCUUCAAUUUCGGCGCAAACGCUAGUUAUUUACUAUUUUCAUUCGUCGCUUUCCGUAUUUUUCUCAUGCUUUUAUUUUUUCACUGCUUCGUCGUCCGAUCAUGGUAAUUAUGUUUUUCUUUCGUACAAAAUUGCAGCACUUCUUUCUGCUUGUCAGGUCAGUGCAGCAAUAGAUCUUUUCGUGUUGUAUUGGUCAUUUUAUUUCACCUGUAGGAACUGUAUGUUUCUCUCUCGCCUACCAACAUCACAACGAUGUUAAAUGGAAGAUGAAUGGCAUUCCUCGCUGCAUUUACCAAACAGUAACUAUUGCCUAAGCUUUUCUCUAUGGAAGACGUUCUACCAUUUCUCCUCCUUUUCAUUCGUCUCGGCCUUCUCCCUGAUUUUCGUCUUCUCUGUUUCCUCACCCUUUUUCUGUCAAUAACUCUCCAUCUAUUACGCAGAGCACAUCGUUCCGCUAGCCGCUCCGUGGUACAGCAGCUGAUUUGCUGUCUGUUUUAGUCGUCAAAUGUGGUUGCUAAUCUGAGGUUUUUAUUUGUUCUUGUCUCUUCUGUUCGCUUCCUCACAGAGCUGGUUGAGCACACAUGAUGCAGUUUAUUGCAACUAGUUCCUGCUGCUUAACCAUCUCAUGUUGUGCUGGUAGUAGAGGAAGCGUGAUCGGAAGGUGCUGUAUAGUGGAAUGUUGCAGAUGGAAGCAAAUUGGAUUACAUUACAGCUAUCAUGGAAAAAUUAAUCGGAGCCGGUUGAGAUCUCUCUUACUGGAAUAUGAGGCUAGCGAAAUCACACAACCCACGUCUCGUUUCUCAACUCGCGUCUGAGCUUACGUUCCAAUCUGGCAGCUACUCCUAAGGGACCAAACUGACUUUGAACACUGUUGUAUUGUUUGUUAUUGUUAAUGUUUUCGUUAUUGUAAUGGUGCUUACAUUCCGUGUUAUUACUUUUUUGCAUAAGAUUUGUAUGUGCUUUCUUCGUGGACGUUGGUUUUACCUCUAUGAAACACAAAUAUCAAAAGACUGAGAGUAAGACAUUUCUAUAGUGCUAAGUCGUUGUAAGAUAAAAUAAUGUAAUGAUUAAUGUGAUAAUCUUACUUUAUGACAGCACACAUUCUAGACGUACUGCUUGGAAUUCGGCAUAAAUCCGCGUAACGUACAAUACUCUUUUGCCACAAAGACGUUUGAAACUUUAUAAACUUUGUUUUAAUAUGGAAAAUUUAAUAUAUUGUAUGUUGUUUGAAUAAAGCUGUUUUAUAUGCACAGUA